AUCAACAUUCGCAUUCGGGUGAUUCAAGUGUUUUUGCUCCACCAUAACAAAAGGGUUUUUAAAUAGUUUAGUAGCAGUAAAAUAGUAUUAAAUGGACGAAAUUAAAAGGUUCAGCGAUCACACCUUAGACAAGGCCACGAAAGCCAAAGUGACUCUCGAGAAUCAUUACAGCAACUUGAUCAGUCAGGCUGGCGAACGAAAGCAACGUCUUGCCAAAUUGGAGGCUGCCCUGAUGGAGGAAAACCUCUCGGAGCAGCAGCGAAAGGAGAAACUAUUGCAGCAUGCACAGAAGGAGACGGAAUUCCUUCGCCUCAAGCGCAGCAAACUCGGUGUGGAGGAUUUCGAGGCACUGAAAGUGAUUGGGCGCGGUGCUUUUGGCGAAGUGCGUCUCGUACAGAAAAAAGACACGGGUCACGUGUACGCCAUGAAAGUGCUCCGAAAGGCAGACAUGCUGGAAAAGGAACAAGUGGCUCAUGUCCGGGCUGAACGUGAUAUUCUCGUGGAAGCGGACCACCAGUGGGUCGUAAAAAUGUACUACAGUUUCCAAGAUCCCAUCAACUUGUACUUGAUCAUGGAAUUUUUGCCAGGCGGCGAUAUGAUGACGUUGCUCAUGAAGAAGGACACGUUAUCCGAAGAAUGCACGCAAUUUUACAUUGCCGAGACAGCUCUUGCAAUCCACUCCAUUCACAAGUUGGGUUUCAUUCAUCGUGAUAUUAAGCCAGAUAACUUGCUGCUCGAUGCCCGAGGUCACGUCAAGCUGUCAGACUUUGGGCUCUGCACUGGCUUGAAAAAGUCACAUCGAACAGAUUUUUAUCGUAAUUUGUCACAUGCGAAAGCCAGCGAUUUUAUCGAUACGUGUUCGAGCCCCAUGGAUUCCAAGAGACGUGCCGAAAGUUGGAAACGCAAUCGACGUGCAUUGGCUUACAGUACUGUCGGCACGCCAGAUUACAUUGCGCCCGAAGUGUUUUUACAAACGGGAUACGGUCCAGCUUGUGAUUGGUGGUCUCUCGGUGUAAUUAUGUAUGAAAUGUUGAUGGGAUUCCCGCCAUUCUGUUCGGAAAGUCCUCAAGACACAUAUCGCAAAGUCAUGAACUGGCGCGAAACGUUAAUCUUUCCACCAGAAACUCCCAUCUCGGAGGAGGCUCGUGAUGCAAUUGUGCGAUUCUGCUGCGAAGCUGAACGAAGGCUUGGAUCACAAAAAGGUCUCGAAGAUGUCAAAUCAAUCGCUUUCUUCCGAAACUCAGUCGAUUGGGAGCACAUUCGUGAACGUCCAGCAGCGAUACCCGUUGAAGUCAAGUCAAUCGACGACACCUCCAACUUUGAUGAUUUCCCAGAUGUUGACUUAGAAAUCCCUACAGCUCCAAGUGGCCAGGAGACAGAGGUGAAGAAAGAUUGGGUUUUCAUCAAUUACACAUUCAAACGGUUCGAGAACUUAACACAACGCGUCACAUCCAUGAACAAAAAAUGAAUUCUUUUAGCAGAGCAUGUACAUAUAAAAAAAAGAAAUAUUUAUGAAUGAUUGAAUUUUUAGGUUCAAUUUCAGUAAAAAUAACAAAUAAUUUUUGUGAAUGUUCCCUCGUUUUUUUAAGUAGUGAAAUUUGGCCGAUAGAUAAACAAGCAUUUUAAAUCGAAUUAUUAAUUAUAUUAAAAAAAUAUCAUUUAAU